CACCCGCGGAACCGCAGCGGCGGCUCGGACCGGAGGCCUUGAGUCACGUGGCGGAGAGGGCGGGACCAAACACGGGGCCGACCAAUGGGCUGUGGUGCCCGCGGGUGUGAGAGCCAGUAGGAGCCGAGACCGGGAUCCCGGGGCUGGGAGAAACGGCCGCCGGGCGGGGGCUGUGGGACCAUGGGGCUGCUGACCAUUCUGAAGAAGAUGAAGCAGAAAGAGCGGGAGCUGAGGCUGCUCAUGCUCGGCUUGGAUAAUGCCGGCAAAACCACCAUCCUCAAGAAGUUCAAUGGGGAGGACGUGGACACCAUCUCCCCAACCCUGGGCUUCAACAUCAAGACCCUGGAGCACCGAGGCUUCAAGCUGAACAUCUGGGAUGUGGGCGGCCAGAAGUCCCUGCGCUCGUACUGGCGGAACUACUUUGAGAGCACAGACGGCCUCAUCUGGGUGGUGGACAGCGCUGACCGCCAGCGCAUGCAGGACUGCAAGCGGGAGCUGCAGAGCCUCCUGGUAGAGGAGCGCCUCGCCGGAGCCACCCUCCUCAUCUUUGCCAACAAGCAGGACCUGCCGGGAGCACUGUCCUCCAACGCCAUUCAGGAGGCCCUGGACCUCGACUCCAUCCGGACGCACCACUGGCGUGUCCAGAGCUGCAGCGCCUUCACCGGGGAGGACCUGCUGCCCGGCAUCGACUGGCUCCUGGACGACAUCUCCAGCCGCAUCUUCACUGCCGACUGAGCCCCCCCGGACGGCCCCAGCUCCAAGUCCAGACACCACCUGGGGUGGGGGAGGCUGAAUACUCAGCCAGCUAGACUAACACUCCGCCCCAUCAUCUGCUGCUGCUACCCAUGCCCACUACCGCCGAGGAGCACCACCCUGGCCGUCCUCCCAGCUCCUGCCACUCCAGCCCCUGAGGAAGGCGGCAGCCGUGGCGCCCCGAGGACAGGGCUGGCCUGGGAGGGGGCACCUGCUGCUACGGACGCCCUGGGCAACAUCCUCGGCUCAGUGAGAAUAAAGCGCUCCUCCACUUCCUGCC